AUGGUCUUCAAGCGCACUCUCGCAUUCGUCGCCGCAGCCGUCGCCAUCGCCGUCUCUGUUCAGGCCGGCCCUGUCGUCACCAACAAAGUCUACUUUGAUAUGAAGGAAGGCGACACAGAUAUUGGACGCAUCGUCAUCGGUCUUUUCGGACAGGAUGUCCCCGUUACCACCAAGAACUUCCUUGAGCUCGCCACGGGUGUCCAUGGCUAUGGUUACCAGGGCUCUGCCUUCCAUCGUGUCAUCAAGGAGUUCAUGAUUCAAGGAGGCGACUUUACUCGUGGCGAUGGAACUGGAGGCAGAUCUAUUUACGGCGAGAAGUUCAAGGAUGAGAACUUCAACCUCCACCACACCGGCCCCGGAAUCGUCUCCAUGGCCAACGCCGGCGAGGACACCAACGGAUCCCAGUUCUUCAUCACAACCAUCAAGACUGACUGGUUGGAUGAUCGCCACGUCGUGUUUGGCGAGGUCGUCGAGGGCAUGGAUGUUGUCACCAGGAUCGAGAACGUCGACACCGGCAGGAACGACCGCCCCAAGAAGGCCAUCACCAUCGCCAAGUCCGGAGAGCUUGAGGUUCGCUCCGAUCUUUAA